CACUCAAUUAAGCAAUUUAUUUUCAAACAAUACAUCUUCAUCUACAAGUGCUCAAUCAAGCAAUUUAUACUCAAACAAUACAUCUUUAUUCACAAGCAAUCAAUUAAGCAAUCAGGAAUCCUCUUCAAGCCAUCAAGAAGCUAAAGUAUAUAAAUUCUAG